AUGAAACAUUUAUUUGGUGAUAUGGACGAUAAGAUUAGUGCAACAUGUUGUAGUAGCAAAGUACCAUCAUUGAAAUUCAUCUCUACACGAUUUAUCGUUCUUCUGCUAUUUCAGACAAAUGUUCAUUGGAGAAAAUUGGGUGAGGUGAUUCAAAUCAUUCAAAGAUGGCUUUACAAAGCAAAUUUACCAGCAUUAAUUAAAAAGCAAUUGCAGUGCGGAUUGCGUGAUGUUUACCGUGAAAUUGAGCGUUGGAAUGAAAAACAUGCAAAAUUAUUUGAUGAGGACGAGAACGAUGAAACAAGUGAAAUAUUACGUCAGCGGGUACAUCGUAGCAGUCACUUACGAUUAUUUUAUGGAAGCAUUAUUUGGAAAUAUAAUAAGUACGAAAUUAGUGAUCAAAAGACAGCACUAGCAAUUAUUAAAAAGGAUUGUGCCGAUUGGCCUCAAAUGCAAUUUCAAUUAGCUUGUGCUUAUGCCAUUCAUCAUUUAUUAAAUGAAAGAAAUUUUGAUCGUAUCAGAUUGAAAGCAUUUGCGAAAAAAUUGUCCGGACAUUGUUUGUAUGAUUUUUGGUUCGCAUUACUUAACAAUACUCAUGCAUGGAGUAAAAUGCUUAAUUCGGAUAAUUUACUACCAGGACAAACAUUAUCAUUGACUUUUCAGUUUGCUAUUGUACAUGGUUAUUUUGAGCUUGUUAGCUUCAUAUGGAAUCAUAUUACGGAUCCACAGAGAGAAUUUAUUGGAUUACUGCAAUGGAGAAAAGUAUGUUUCAAAGCGAAAGAUCGUGAAGUGCUACAUUUUCUAUGCGAACAACUCUGCGCAAUUAAUGCAGCAGGUCUUGCUCGAAUUACACGGAAUACUUUUUAUCAAACACUUCAAAAUUCAUUUCAGGAAGAUAACAUAGGAUUUCGUCAGGAUGGUAUGCAUAAAUUAGCGUUCUUCUUGGAGAAUAUUUGUCCACGGCUCCGUAGUGCGAUGCUUUCCAUGGAAAAUUUCCGAGCAAUUACAGAUGCAUUUGUGUAUAAUCAAGCAGAGCUUUUUGCUCUCUUUUUGAAUUACCUUGAACCAGAACAAUUACAACUCACGCGUGAAUAUAUUGAUCGUAUUUAUGACCGAAAAAAAAAUGAAACAGCCCAUAAACAACUUCGAAUAUUGUUACGUCGACAAAAAACUCUAGCAAGAGAAACAAUUCAUACGAAUGUUUCAUUGUUAAAUAAUAUAACAAAUAAUUAA